AUGAAGGUUUUUGUAGUUUUGGUUCUGGCUCUGGCCUCCGUGUCCGCUGGACUCCUGCCUCAGGCUUUGCCUGUGCGUCCUCGUGACAGGAUCUCGACGCCAUCUAUCACUGGUCGCGUUACCAAUGGCAAGGACGCCGUGCCUGACCAGUUUCCCUACCAGGUGGGACUCAGCUUCAGCGGAUCAGAGGGCAGUUGGUGGUGCGGUGGCUCCAUUAUCGACAACUCCUGGGUCCUGACUGCUGCCCACUGCACCAGCGGAGCCUCCACCGUGACCAUCUACUAUGGAGCUACCGUCCGCACUAGCCCCCAGUUCACCCAGACCGUCGCCAGCUCCAACUGGAUCCAGCAUGCCAGCUACGUCUCGCUCACUCUGCGCAACGACAUCUCCCUGAUCAAGACCCCGUCCGUGAUCUUCUCGACCUCGGUCAACAAGAUCGCCCUGCCCGCCAUCGCCAGCAGCUACUCCACCUACGCCGGUCAAGUGGCCGUCGCCUCCGGCUGGGGCCUGACCUCCGAUACCUCCUCUUCAGUGGCCCGGGAUCUGCAGUACGCCGAUCUCACCGUCAUCACCAACGCCGUGUGCCAGCAGACCUACGGCAGUGUGGUGGUCACCAGCCGAGUUAUCUGCGUCGAUGGUGUUAACCGCACCUCCAUCUGCAGCGGGGAUUCCGGCGGCCCAUUGGCCCUGGACAAUGUGCUGAUCGGUGUCACCUCAUUCGGAUCCAUCGAUGGCUGCGAGAUCGGAGCCCCAGCUGGAUUCACUCGUGUCACCAGCUACUUGGACUGGAUUAAGACCAACUCGGGUGUUAGUGCCUAAAUGGG